AGGGGUGUCAAUUAGACAGUUGCUGUGGAAAGCGGUGGAGUGAAAGAGAGAAGACAAACAGUUGUGGAGUGACAAGUGCUGUGAUUUCAGAUAUCACGUCUCAUAUAAUGAUUAGAGAGAGAACAAGAUCCUGACCUCUGACCUGUUACCCAUGAGCAAUGCUUCUGAUCGUCUCACAUUAGUAUCAAGAAGAAGUGGAGAUGACUUUGUUUGAAAACAUUCACUGGACAGAGCGAGACCAAACAACAGUUCCUCCAGUAGAUUCGUUCAUUCCCUCACUGCAGAGGUCCUGAUCCACACAAACUCAACACAAUGACCGCAAAAGACAGGACAUAUUUGUCUUUCCUCUUGCUGGGUCUUUUCCAGCACAUUCAGGGCUCUCUGGUAAAAACCAAUCUUGGUCUUAAGGUGAAGCGAGGCCAGUCGGUCUUCCUGCAGGAGGAGGAUCUGCAAUUUCACAUACCCAGAGCCAAGGACGCCUGCAAGCUGGAAGUUGUGCUGAAUGAGCCCAUUACACAGCGGGUCGGCACACUGACCCCUCAGGUUUUUGACUGUCACUUUUUGGCUGAUGAAGUGAAAUACACUCAUAAUGGAUGUCCGAUUUUAAAAGAAGAUACUGUUAAACUUCGUCUGUACAGAUUUACAGAAACAGAGACAUACAGUGAGCUGUUUUCUCUCCGUGUUGAAAUCAUGGAGCCGGACUGUAAUGUGAUUAAGUUCGGGUCACAGAAUCUCGAGGUGCCGGAGUUUUAUGGCCUCUCCAAUGUUCUGGAUGGCAAUGUUGUGUCCUUCCACUAUGAACACAGACAUAAUAUUGAGUGCACAGUUUGGGUGACAACUUUAGAGACGCAUCUACCUGUUCACGGUCAGCUAGUCACUGGAGAACCGGAGAAACCAGAGGGGCCGAGAGGGGAUGAACCAGAUAGUUUUGUUUCUCUACGAAGACAGCUGGAUAAUAAAGCCAGAGCUCAUUGUAAGAGUGACGAGUGUCUAAAGGGUCUUAAACUGCUGAAGAUCACCAAAGUACCAUGCAAUGAUUUCCUCAUGAUGGGCAUCCGUUACCACCACACUGACCCUCCAUCUCCAGAUAUAGACUACAUCGCCAUUAGACUGGACCUCACAGACACCCGCAGCAGGAGCAUCAUCCAGUCAGAGCAGGCCUGGAUCCUGGUAACCAUUAAGGACGCAAUGCCCAAUCAGCCGCCCAAGCCUGCUUUUAUGUCCAUGUUCAUCUUAGAGGUGGACCAGUUCAUCCUGACUCCGCUUUCCACGGCAACGCUGGACGCAGAGGAUGAUGAGACGCCCAAACAGCGGCUGGUGUUCAACAUCACUAAAGCUCCUAGUGAGGGCUUCAUCACUCACCUGUCUGACCACACCAAACCCAUCACCUCCUUCACCUGGACGGAUCUCAACGACAUGCUGAUCAGCUACCAGCCUCCAAACUCCAGCCACACACAGCGCAGGAACUAUGAGGUGGAGUUUGAAGUGCAUGAUUUCUACUUUGAGAAAAGCCAGCCUGUGAUUGUACACGUGUCAAUCAGGACAGCUGAUACCAAUGCGCCAAGAGUAUCGUGGAACAUGGGUCUCAGUCUGUUGGAAGGUCAGUCUCGUCCAAUCACAUGGGAUCAGUUUCAAAUUGUCGACAAUGACAACCUGAAGGCUGUGAAGAUCAUCACUGUGGACGGCCUGCAGCACGGGAGACUAACAGUUAGAGGUGGAAAAGGUUUCAUGUUCACUGUGAAAGAUAUAAAGGAUGGCGCGGUUCGCUACCACCACGAUGACAGCGACACGACUAAAGAUUAUAUAGUCUUUCGCAUUACUGAUGGCUUGCAUCAAACCAGACACAAGUUUCCUAUCAACAUCUUGCCCAAAGACGACAGUCCACCCUUCCUCAUUACCAAUAUGGUGCUGGAGCUGUCUGAAGGCCAGACGGCUCUUCUGAGAGGAUCCAUGUUGCAAGCCUGUGAUUUGGACUCUAGUGAUGACUACAUCAUGUUCAACAUCACCAGACCUCCAGAGGCAGGAGAAAUCAUGAAGAUGCCUGGUCCUGGCAUCACAGGAUAUCCAGUGACCCGUUUUCUUCAGAAGGACCUCUUCCACUCCAUCAUCUACUAUCGACACUCAGGCGCUGAGGUGUUUGAUGACUGUUUUGAGGUGGUGCUCUCUGACUUUCAUGACCCUCCUAAUCUAUCAGAGCCUCAGGUCAUUGUGAUUCAAAUCCAGCCAGUCCCCGAUCAGCCUCCACAGGAGGCACCAGGUGUGACCAGACACUUGGUUCUCAAGGAGACCGAUGUCAUCUACUUGACCAAGCAGCAGCUGCACUUUGUGGAUUUGGAGUCACCGGAUAGUGAGCUCACGUACACCGUCACCACCCCACCUUUCUACAGCACCACCUAUGGAGGCCCUGAUGCAGGAAGGUUGUUUCUGGUUGACAGUAUUCCAAAAUUUACCAAGGACCCAAAUGCUCCGAUGCUGAGACUUUUCACUCAGCAUGCGGUCAACUAUAUGAAGGUUGCUUACAUGCCCCCCAUCCUGGACAUUGGACCGUUCCCUCAGCACAUCCAGUUUGUCCUGUCAGUGACCAAUCAGCAAGGCAGCACGACCGCUGGGAUCUGCUUCAAUGUAACGGUUCUGCCGGAGGAUAACCUGGCACCAGAGGUGCACGUGGAGCCGCUGGCGGUGGAUGAGGGUGGAGAGAGCUGGGUGAGAGAAGACCACAUGCGCCUGUCAGACCAGGACUCUCUACAGGACUCUCUGCACGUGGAGCUGAAGACCGGACCCCAGCAUGGCAGCAUUUACCUGGACGGCACAGCCAUGAGCCCAGGCCAGACUUUCACAGUCAGGGAUCUGAAAAGCCUAAAAGUUAGAUAUCGCCACGACAGCUCUGAGACAGAACAUGAUGAUAUUAAAUUCAUUGCCACAGAUGGGAUAAAUAUUGCUGACUUUGUACUACGUGUCAAGGUGACGCUGGUCAACGAUGAGGUGCCAGUCCUCGUGCCAGGAUUGAAGCCCGUUUUAGUCUGUGCAGAGGGACAGGAAGUGCUGAUCACCAUAGAGUACAUCUGUGCCACUGAUCCUGACAGUGACGACAGCACCCUGAUGUAUAUGAUCGCCCGACAACCAUAUCACGGGGUAGUUCAAAGAAACGGCAUCAUUGUGGACCGCUUCAUUCAAGCGGAUGUAACUGCUGGCUUAAUUUCCUAUAGACACACAGGACAAGAGAUUGGGCUGGUGCCACGUCAUGACGUCGUUACAUUUGUGAUCUCUGAUGGAGAAUCAGGGCCAGUUCCUUCCUGUUGCAGUAACAGAGCCACUGUCUUCAAAGCACAAACACCUGAAGUACAGAACGCCCUGCCUGUCUACGACCUUAAUAUCACCGUUUAUCCCGUGAACAACCAACCUCCAGCUAUAGUUGUCGGAGAGGUGUUUAUGGUGGAUGAGGGCGGAUCAGCCUCCAUCACGUAUGCUCAUCUAAGAGUUGAAGACCAGGACUCUGCUCCAGAGGACCUUAACCUCAUUCUGGUUACUCCGCCACAGUUUGGAUACAUAGAAAACAUCCUGCCCAGUCCAGGAUUUGAAAAGAGCAACAUGGGAAUCAGUAUUGCCUCUUUCACCUACAGGGACGUGUUGAAUGGACACAUUAACUAUGUCCAGUCUAGACAUCAGAGGAUUGAGCCCACCACCGACCAGCUCAUGCUGCAUGUGUCCGACGGGAAACAGCAGUCCUCUUCAGUCCCGUUUUACAUCAUCAUCCAUCCAACCAAUGAUGAGAUUCCAGAAUUCCUGGCCAGAAACAUCACGGUUCGGGAGGGAGACAUGAAAGAGCUGGACCCAUCUAUAAUCAGUGCGGUGGACCUUGAUGUCCCCAGAGAGCGUUUAAUGUUUAGCAUAGUCCAGCAGCCUCAGCACGGCUCCAUCAUGAGCGUGCCACACGGCAAUGAUGUGACACUUUACAAGCCUGGAUCUGAGAUCCCUGUGGAGCACUUCACCAUGGACAACCACAGGAACGGCAUGACUCUGAUGUACGUGCACGAUGACUCUGAGAGUAAGCAGGAUGGAUUUAUUGUUCAGCUCUCCGACGGGAAACACCAGCUCCAGAAACACCUGCGAGUCAAAGUACUGCCUGUCAAUGAUGAGGAGCCGCAGAUUAUACGGAACACUGGGAUUGAGAUGGAGGCUGGGGAGUCCAGGCUGAUCUCCAGUGCUGUGCUCAGCGCUCACGACAAAGACACUCCGUCCUCUGACAUUAUCUAUGUGUUCGAGAGCGUACCGAGUCAUGGUGUCAUUCAGAUGAAGGUAGGCACAGACUGGGUGUCUGUAUCAGCAGGGAUGAACUGCUCUCAGCAGGUUUUGGAGAUGAACCUGUUACGUUACCUUCACACCGGUCAUCCUGGAGCAGCCGCUGCUGACGUCUUUAUCUUCCACCUGUUGGACGGCAAGAACCGCUCUCCUGCGCAGCACUUCCACAUCACAGUCAAAGAGCUGGAGAAAGGAGACAUAGCAUUGUUCCUGAAGCCUGUGAGGACGAGUCGCGGUGAGCGUGUGAUCCUCACCACAGACGUCUUGCUGGCUGUAGACGGCGCUGACAAGCCGGAGGAGCUGCUGUACAUUAUCACCGUACCUCCAGCACAUGGACAUGUGGAGUACAUCAAACACACCGGAGUGCAAACCCAGUCGUUCAGUCAGCUGGACGUAGCAGCAAACCUGGUGUGUUACGUACAUGACAACAGAGCCACUUCACCUAAAGAGACCCUGCGGUUUGUGGUCAGCAAUGGCAUAUCAACUCGCAACGGGACCCUGGAGAUCGUAGUGGAGAUGACUGAUAAGCGCAACGGGACCCUGGAGAUCUUAGUGGAGAUGACUGAUAAGGUUCUGCCCACACUAGUGCGUAACACCGGUCUACGGGUUCCUCAGGGCUCCAGCAUGACUUUGACCCCCGAUGCUUUAUUCCUGUCUGACCCUGACAGCCCACACACGGCCUUGAGCUUCAGCGUGCUGCAGCCUCCUCAGUACGGCCAGCUGCUGUUGAAGGGGCAGCCGCUGCUCGCUGGCAGUAAUUUCACCCAGCAGAAUAUUCAGGAUCUGGAUGUUGCAUACAGACACUCUGGAGGAGCUUCUCAGAUCGAUCGCUUCAGAUUCACGGUCUCCGACAGCACAGAGAGAGGCUUCCUGCUGGACGGAAAAGUGCAAACAGAGCCCGUCUUCUUCACACUGCAAAUUGAAGCUCUAGACAGCGCCGCUCCGCAGAUAGCAGUGCUGGAAACACUGUGGAAAGUGGAGCUUCUCAAAGAUGGUCGUUAUGGGAUCUUCAUUUCCUCCAGAGAGCUCAAGGCUCAGGAUCUGAACUCAGCAGAUGCGGAUCUGAUCUAUCACAUCCUCAGAGCGCCGUACUUUGGAUACCUGGAAAAUUAUACCAGUGGUGAGUUUAUGAGGCAGCGUUUCUCUCAGAAGGAUCUGAACAGAAGGAAUAUUGUCUACAUCAUAAACUCUGCUCUGGAUGCUUUAACUGACAGUCUGGAGUUCGGUGUUUCUGAUGCGCUGGGAAACACCGGAGCCUCUCACAAGCUGGAGUUCAGCUGGGCCAGUGUGCAGCUGACCAGGACUGAGUAUGUAAUAUGUGAGAGUCAAGGGUCAGUCUCACUCACCAUCCAGAGGAAGGGAAAUGUGCAGGACUCGUCUUAUGUGACUGUACAGGUGAAAGAACUAACAGCAUCUGCUGGAAAAGAUUUUAUACCGGCUUCAUCUCUGAUUCAGUUUGACCCAGGGGUGGUCAGUCGCGUUUGGAAAGUGGAGAUUGUUCAGGACUCUUUAGAGGAAGCUGAUGAGAAAUUUGAGGUUAAUUUGGUAUCUCCCGUGGGUGCAGUGCUGAAAGUCAACUCAAAAGCCACCAUCUUCAUAAAGGACACAAAUGGGCAGUGCAGAGAGAGCCAGUUUAAAGCGGACACUGGUCUUCAGGGCCGAGAGGUGCAGCCGGGGCCGUACCCUCAACACGGCUCCAUCCAGGUGGAGACUCUACCUUUCUCUCAGAGCUACAACAGAGGAGACGGUGAUAUAAUAGUUCAAGCUCCCACUGCUACAAAGAAAAGACUCAGAGUCAUUGGGAAUGGGAAAGUGGUUCAGCCUUCUGAAACCGUUCGUCAUGGAUCUGAAGUCAUUUACAAAUAUCACGGUAUCAUAUCGAUGGCGGUCGAGGAGGACAGCGCAGCCUCUGACAGAAAGGCACAGGUGCAGGUGACCAGCAGGGGGCAGCAGCGCCCUCCUCACGACAGGACCGUCCCGCACACUAACAUCAGAGCUGCUGCACAGCGUGUUGCGACUCAGCCGUCCUCCAAACCCUGCACCCCAGAGCUCACUGGCUUUCUGCAUUAUAACGACAGCUCGGCUCAGCUGCUCCGCUGUAACGGGGACUCCUGGAGGCCCUGGACCCCGAAUAACGAGACUGUGAAAGCACAGAAGUGUCCUCGAGGAUGGACGUAUCACAACAACUACUGUUACAUACUGAGCGGCGAGCGCAAAGCCACGUGGAGCGCCGCGGCGCGGGCCUGCAGAGAGAGCUACAAUGGACACCUGGUCAGUGUUUUGUCAAAAGGAGACAUGGACUGGCUGUGGGACUUCAGUGACAGAAAACCCUUUUGGAUUGGUCUGAAUGAUCGUGACAGUAAAGGCCGCUGGGAGUGGGUGAGUGGAGAGCCUGUCACUUACACCAACUGGAGGCACAGCCCUCCUAAAAACAGGAAGGGAACGAGGAGGUGCGUCCUGGUCUGGAGGAAGACGAAAUGGCAGAUACGAGACUGUAAGAAAGGAAAGGCACACCGCUAUGUGUGUCACGUUAAAAUGUGAGUUCAGUCACAGCUGCACAUAACCUGAGCACACGACAUCUCUACUACUUAGUGCACAUGCUAAUCAUGAUGUGACCGUGCUGGACUGUGGUUUGUUGUCUGCUCAUGCACUUCAGACUCGAAACAGAAUAGAACAGCCACAUUAACAACUGUUUCCAAGCCCAAGGGUGACAUGAUCACAAAACAUCUUCUGUAACUCAGAGGACUGUCAUGUGUUAUAAUGUAAAUGUAUGC